UGGCACUAAGAAAAAUAGAAACCAGUCAUCAUCUUUCAAUAGAUAAAUCCCAUCAGCACAUGGAAAUCUUUCAGAAGCCCUCACUGUCCAUCGAUAUACCACAGAAACCACAACCUGGAGACUUGCCCCCAAAGCCUCUGCCUCUGGAAUUAACUCAAAAACCUCAAGUGGGAGAUUUACCCCCAAAGCCUGGAGAACUACCCCCAAAGCCUCAGCUAGGAGACUUGCCACCAAAACCACAACUUGGAGACUUACCUCCAAAGCCGCAAAUGAAGGACCUUCCUCCAAAACCUCAGCUAGGAGAGCUGUUGGCUAAAACUCAAGGUGGAGAAGCAUCACCGAAGCCUCAGCCCUCAGAGGCCAAUCAGAAAUCUCACUCCUUAGAUCUUUCUCCAAAUGUACAAUCUAGAGACACCAUCCAAAGGCAAGCAUCUGAAGAGUCUAAUGACAUAACACAUACCCUGCCAGAAACCCCUGUGCCACUUCCCAGGAAAAUAAAUAUGGGGAAAAACAAAGUUAGGCGAGUGAAGACCAUUUAUGACUGUCAGGCAGAUAAUGAUGAUGAGCUCACAUUUGUUGAAGGAGAAGUAAUUAUUGUAACCGGUGAAGAGGACCAAGAGUGGUGGAUUGGCCACAUCGAAGGACAGCCAGAGAGGAAAGGGGUCUUUCCAGUGUCCUUUGUGCACAUUCUGUCAGACUAGUAAAAACAAACGAACAAAAAAUCCUAAACUUGAGCAUUGCACAUUCUUCAUGCAAGACGGGCUUUUUAGCAAAAGCGAACGCUGCUGCCUCCCUGUAAUCCUGUGCACAAUUGUAUAUAUAGCUGCUGUUACAAAUUACGAAUUCAUUUAAGUUUCACCUCAUGAGGUUGAAUUAUAUGUAUUGUAAAUAUACUGUGUUAUUCUGCCUUUGCCAGUAUUAUGGUAGCCUUGGAACCUGGCACGCCUUAUUGGGUUUGUUGAAGCCAUCCUCGGCAUCUAGCACUUACGUCUCUGUCUAUGCUGUUCAAAAUACAUAUGAACUGCCAGCUUUCCAACCAUAGGUGGUCUCUGUCAGCCAUGUAACUGUACAGAAAUGACUGUUCCUAAUAACUCGGUAUUCUCAAUAUACAAUUAGCAGAAAGUUAGAAUGAGUGAAUGGUUUUGGACAAUUUAAAAAUCAGUCUGCAGUUUAUAAGUGUAUGCAGUUUACAGCUAUGAAACCCACUUCAGUAUUUAUUUAAUAUAGUGCUCAGUUAAGUGUAAUUAUGAAGACAAAUAUUCACUGACUUUACAGAUAACAGUAAUGUUUUACGGUGUGCAUACAGCAUUUUAUGUUUAUAUUAUGUGGACCUAUGCCAAACUGUGAUUGCAGUUCCCCUGUGAUAUUACCUCACUAUAAAAAGUUACAAAUUUAUUUCAUUCGAAAACUUAUUUUAAUGAAAAUUAGUCAUAUUGUUCUUUAGUAGAUAAAUGUGAAAUUUGCUGGUUUCUUUCACUGAAUUCUUAGUAACCAAGGACUUCUAGAAAAUGUUAACUGUUGACAUUAUGCAUGCAUUUAGACGCUUACUUGAAACCUGCCUUUGUACAAAAGUAGUACUGUAGUCAUAUAGCUACAUUUAAAGAAAAGAACAUUUUAACUUAAUUGCUAUUCAGAUUAAUGUGAGCUUGCAACAGUAUUUGUUUAUAGCUAAAUUGGCUCUUUGAAAAAUGAUUUUGUGGGUUUUUUUUUCCUCUGUCUUCAACCUUGCUAAAAGUUAGUUACCUAAAAUAAAAUUUCUUAAGUGGUGAUAUAAGGAUAAAUUUAAAUUAUUUUUAAUUGCUCUAAAAAGUGGAAGUUAAGAUGACCUCUCAUGCAUUUGAUCAGGCUGUUAAUGAUAGAGCUCAGAUCACAAGUAUCAGGUUUGAUAGUAGAGUUCACUAAACUGUAACUGUAAUAGUCUUAAUUCAAAGCACUAAGUAACAGACAUACUGUUAUAAAGCUAAUCUCUAAGAAAAUCUUUGGAAGGCUGCAUUUGACCUGAGGUUUCUUGAAAGUUGGUGUAAAGCUGCAUUGCCAGAAAACACUUAAAUGUAUUACUGAAAACUUUCAUUUCCUAUGUCACUUUCAACAUCAUUUUUUAACUUUGAAACAUAAUGCAGUUGUGUUUUUUCCCAUAGUUUGUCUGUAGCAGGUUCCAUGACUUUCAUAUGUAGUUUUGUAUUACUUGCUUUAAAUGUUAUUUUGGCUUCAGUACCUAGUACUGCUAUUUCAAAGCAGAUUGUCGUGGCUGCAUGGAAAGGUUUUCAUUUCAUAAAAACACAUCUCAGACUUUCUGGGGGCUUUAAUUUUUAAUUCAGUUUGACAAGACUGUAGUCAGUGAAUAUUUAAUUCUGUUUGUGGUUAAUAUAGAAACAAAUAUCAGUCCUAAACCCACAUGGAAAAAAUGCAAAAUAUUUAUCAACUGUUAAUGUUUUAUCAUUUAUAACAAAAGUUUAUUGGAAAAAAAAAAAAUUACGCAAUGAGUGAGCGAGCCUGCUGGCAUCUAAUCUUCAGUAUUACCAGCUCCAGUAUUUCAGACUUUAUUCUGUUUUCUAUGGAAAGGAAGUCAGAAUUAGCAUUUAUCUAGCAUUCCAUUUUAUCCAUUACUACAAUGUUUUAAGUUGCAUUAAAGAACAAAACCUAUUCACUUUUGUGGUCAAUUGUAUUUUUAAGUGAUCUUGAAAUAAACUGAUAAAAGCAAAUCAUAUAAAGAAAACCUAGGCAUGUAAAAUUAUGUAGAGUCAAAUGUCUAUUCUUUUCUACACUCUUUAAAAUAGUAUACAUAUGCAUUUUAUAAAAUUAAAUGAGUUCCAUUGGGAACAAUAGUUCUGUUUAUUCUGGCUUAUUGUGGGUCAUAAGAAACCUGAAAAUGUAUGAUAUUGAUUGAGUUUAAGUACAGUAUUAUAUUUGAACUCAAUGAGCCACUGUCUGCAAUUUUGUACAUGACAUAGUAUUUGGAAAGUCUAAAUCUUUAUGGAAAAUUAGCUGAUAAGGGGUUGGGGGGAGGGGCAGGGGAAGGUGCCCCCAGAGGGGGAAGUAUGCUCUGCAGAUGAUGUCUUAUUUACUGUUGAACAACAGUUGCUAUUUAUUUUUUUAUUACAUAGUACAUCAACGUGUACAGAAAUCAGAUCUGGUCAUGCCACUAGUUAAAAUCUUGACUUCUCAUUGAAUGUUAAGGUAAAACAUCAGUACACAUGUCUAUUCACAUGUAUUUAAUGUGACAGUUUUUGAGUACUGUAUGUGUUAAUUUCUACUUUUUUAAUAUUUAAGAUUGCUUUUAAAUAAAUGUAUUCAGUUGAUCCCAGA